UAUAUAUAUAUAUAUAUAUACAUUUUGAUACAUUAUGACUGGGCUGGAAGUCAGCAGCCAAAAGACUUUAUUAAAAGCAACUAUUCUUGGACUAAUUGCCGCGGCUGCAUUCUCUUCACGUCUUUUCAGUAUUGUGCGUUAUGAAUCAGUCAUCCACGAAUUUGACCCUUGGUUCAACUAUCGUGCCACGAAAAUGUUAGUGAAGGACGGUAUAUACGAAUUUUGGAAUUGGUUUGACGAUCGGUCCUGGUAUCCUUUGGGACGCGUUGUAGGUGGAACAGUGUAUCCUGGUCUGAUGGUCACAGCAGCAGCUAUUCACAAUGUGCUUCAUUAUCUUCAUUUCCCUGUCGAUAUUCGCAAUGUAUGUGUACUUCUCGCGCCCGUAUUCUCAGGUGCUACCGCGUUUGCUACGUACUUGCUGACCAAGGAACUCAAAGAUAGCUCGGCAGGUUUAUUAGCAGCAGCAUUUAUUGGCAUCGCACCAGGUUAUAUCUCUCGAUCAGUAGCUGGAUCAUAUGAUAAUGAAGCUAUCGCCAUCUUUUUACUUAUGUUCACCUUUUAUCUUUGGAUCAAGGCCUUGAAAUUGGGUUCUUCUAUGUAUGCUGCCUUCUCUGGUUUCUUUUACUUUUAUAUGGUCGCUGCUUGGGGUGGUUAUGUCUUUAUCAUUAAUAUCAUUCCUCUACAUGUCUUUGUCCUUAUGCUCAUGGGUCGUUUUUCAAGUCGUGUUUAUGUUGCCUAUUCCACUUUUUAUGUUUUGGGUACUUUGAUGUCUAUGCAAGUUCCUUUUGUUGGUUUCCAACCUACUCGUACCUCUGAACAUAUGGCUGCAUUAGGUGUAUUUGGACUUUGUCAAAUUCUAGGUUUUGUUGAAUUAUUACGUGGUCAUUUACAAGCCAAACAAUUCCAAGUUUUACUUAAAACUAUUGUGAUCGGUACUUUUGUUUUGGGUUUCUCUGCUUUGGUGCUAUUAACUAUUGGUGGAUAUAUUGCUCCAUGGACAGGUCGUUUCUAUUCUCUUUGGGAUACUGGUUAUGCAAAGAUUCAUAUUCCUAUUAUUGCAUCUGUGUCAGAACAUCAACCUACUGCAUGGCCUUCCUUCUUCUUUGAUUUGGAAAUGUUGAUCUUUUUAUUCCCUGCUGGUCUAUACAUGUGUUUCCAGAAAUUACUUGAUGAACAUGUAUUUGUGAUUGUUUAUAGUGUAUUUGCCUCUUACUUUGCUGGUGUGAUGGUGCGUUUAAUGUUGACUUUGACUCCUGUUGUAUGUAUCUGUGCUGGUAUUGCUGUAUCUACUUUAUUGGAUACUUAUCUCAACGUUUCUUCCACUACACAAACCACGACUCCCGAAAGCUCAACUGGAAAGGCAUCAAAGAAAGGAAAACAUCAUCAUCAUCAUCAUCAUCAUCAAAACGAAUCAUCAUCUACAACCCAAUCAAGUGGUGGUAUUGCCUCUAUAAGUCGUGAUUCUCGUGCAUUGGUUGUCUUUAGUUUUACAUUUUUCCUUAUUGUGUUUGUGUGGCAUUGUACAUGGGUAACAUCAAGUGCUUACUCAAGUCCUUCCAUUGUUUUGGCAUCACGCAAUGCAGAUGGCUCUCAACAUAUUAUCGAUGAUUUCCGUGAAGCAUACUAUUGGUUACGCAAGAAUACAAAGGAAGAUGCCAAGAUCAUGUCAUGGUGGGAUUAUGGAUAUCAAAUUGCAGGUAUGGCAGACCGACCAACAUUAGUGGACAACAAUACAUGGAACAAUACACAUAUUGCAACAGUAGGCCGAGCCAUGUCAUCUGGGGAAGAUGAUGCAUAUGAAAUCAUGCGACAACAUGAUGUUGAUUAUGUUUUGGUCAUUUUUGGUGGAUUACUGGGCUAUUCUGGUGAUGAUAUCAACAAAUAUCUGUGGAUGAUUCGUAUUGCUGAAGGAGUAUGGCCUGAUAAGAUCAAGGAAUCCAACUAUUUCACGCCAUCAGGGGAUUAUCGUGUCGAUGAUCAAGCAUCUCCUGCCAUGCGUGAUUCUUUGAUGUAUAAGAUGAGUUACUACAGAUUCAACGAACUAUUUGGUGGUCAACCUCCCAUGGAUCGCGUACGACGUCAACAUUUACCUGUCAAGGGACCCGAACUCUCUGUACUAGAAGAAGCUUAUACCUCAGAAAACUGGAUUGUGCGUAUCUACAAGGUCAAGGAUUUGGAUCCUCUAGGUCGACAUCAUAAGGCUGCUGCGGAUUUCGAAGCUGGCAAGAAGAAAAAGAAGAAGACUUUAAGCAAGAAAAGUCGUGAUCGUCGAAGACGUGCAAUGGAAGAUUUAGAUUAGAAUUAAAAAAAAAAAAGAAGGACAUAUCAUUAUUCUCUUCCCUUUAGGAUAUUUAUAGUUUUAGCUGUUAUUCGAAUAAAAUCAGAAUUCUUUUUUUUUUUAUAUAUA